UUUAGAUUUGUUAUUUGCUAAAAAACUUAUCAAGUAAUCUCCUUAGAUUUCUGAUGUAUCAAUAUCUUCAUCUGAUUAUAAUCUUAUCUAACCCUCUAUCCAAUCCCUUUACACAGUGAUAUAUUUCGAGUAUAUAAAUGUACGGUAAUUAUUCUCAGAUGUCAAAGCACAACACAUCCAUAGCUGUCACGAUGAAGCUGUCAUUGGCGCUGUUUGCCAUUUUGGCCGUCAUUGGUCUGGGACAAGCUCAUCAGUUCCCAGAUUUCGGCAGUGGUUCCCUUCACGAGGAUCUCCAGGACUUCCUAGAUUUAAUUCCUGCGAGACGAGUUGCAAGAGUCUUCAAUUAUUACUUGAAGCACGAUCCUGAAAUACAAGAUGCUGUUAAACACCUCCAGACUUCAACCCUGAUCAAAAAUUUCAUAACAGAAUUCCAAACCAUCCCCGAGGUGCUCAAUCUGUUUAACUAUCUGCAGAAAGAAGGCGUCAAAAUUUAUGAAGUGGUCAACAACAUCAACAGAAUUUUCGGCAUCAAAGAACUUGAACCACCUGAGAUGAGUUUAUUUGACAUGCCCAUGCCAUACAGGAGGACCGGUGGCAUCAGAGGCUUCUUCAGAGAAAUCAAGCAACUGUUCAAUUACGAUGUUUUUAUCACCACCUACGCGCAAAAGAUAAAGUCCUCGCCAGCCUUUGUCGACUUCAUCAACCAGAUCAAGUCCGACAACUUUCAGCAGAUCGUUAACAAGGUUUACAAAAUCAAGUCUUUCCAAAUUAUCCUGAACGGUCUGAAGCACAGCGGAGUGAAGGUGCACAUCAUAGCGGAUAUCCUGCUCGUCGUCUUCGGCAUCACCGUGCCAAAUACUCCCCAAGAGCGCACGCUAAUAGAAGAGUUUCAGGACUUCUAUGAUCUUCUCCCGAUGGAGAAAUUCCUUGAAGUAAUGAUUACUUAUAUGAAUGAAGAUGAACAAGUACGUAACGCUUUCCUGUACAUGUUCACAACCGAAUUCCACGAUCUGUUGCGCGCUGUCGAAGCUCUCGAUGAAUUCAAAGCAUUAGUUGUGUACAUGCAACAGAGUGGACUCGAUAUGAUCAACGGUUUGAAAGAGUUUCAUAAGGCUAUCGGCAUGGAGGAUUAUAUACCACCCGAAAUAGAGAGUCUCAUUGAUUCUUCGAUUGGAGGGCUGAAGAUUGGCGAUGGCAUGCAGGGUAUGUUAAAGGAUCUUUAUGACUUGUUGCCUCUGGACAAAAUCGACGUUCUCUACAGAUUAAAGCUGAGGACUUCCAAGGUCUUUUCUGAAUUCAUUGCGAGGAUGAAGAGCCCGGAAUUGCAAAUAAUCGUCACUAAGCUGUAUGUUAAUGAGACCUACAAAAACUUCAUUGUACAGACUAGAGAAAAGGGGCUGGACCUCCAUGGAUUGACGAAACUUGCAAACAGAAUAUUUGGUAUUAAAUUCCCGUAUUAAAAAACGGUGCUAAUUAUACUUUAAAUGACUGAAGACAAGUAAUUUAUGUUGGUAAUCAUGCUGAUGUGAUAACGCAAUACUGAAACUUUUAAAUAUAAUAGAUUUCCAUAACAAUAAUAAAUUCAUAUUGCUUUAUAAUAAAA